AUGCGUCUCUUCAAUUCGAUUCCUCUCUACCUCUCUCUCGCCAAUUCCGCCACAGCUUUUUUCAGCUAUUGGCUGACCGUCGAAGGCAAUUUCACGUUUGUUACGCAUGAUGGGUACACGCUUCAAUUCGCUGACGAGACCUCUUACUCGUUCGACAUCGGGGAGAUGGAAGGCACUAUUGACAUCGGAGGCACAAACUUUACCGUCAAUCGCAAUGAAGAGGCGCUCGACGAUUUUGCAGUAGACCCAGACGAAUUUGUGAUGAAAUCGUAUGACAUCUCUGAGUUGACAAUGGACGCACGCCAGAAGUACGAAGAGCAGGUACAGGAGGAUUUGAAAAAUGGAAUUUAUGACCGGAAAGGGAAUUUCCGCAUUCCCUUCAAGAAAGAAAGCAUGACCAUCGCUGAUAUCGAGCUCGACGACAUCUUUCAAAGUCUGCGCGACGCUUGUCACCCCACGGGUAACUGCGAAACCAACGAUAUUGAGCUUAAAGGCCAGCUCAUUGGCAAGGGCACGACAACCAAUGUCAAAAACGUUGAACUCACGCUGUCACCACACGGACUGUACCGCGAAUCCCAUCGAGAAGAUCUUCUCGAUUUGUUGGAGUAUGCUGUCCGCCAAGUCGCCGAGUGCGAGGAAUAUACCCACAAGAGCCCAUGUCCCAACCCUGCAGUUUUUUGUCCUUCUGAUUCCACGCGUGUCAAGAGAUGCUCCGUCCCCUCAUACUGGGCUGUCAAUCUUCAAAAGGAAGAAGAUAAGGAUGAAGGCUCCGCACCUCCAACCAUUGAGACGGACCUGAGCUUGGAGGUUGUCGACGACACCAUCUGUGAGGAUUGGUACGAUAAGCUCUCCGAAUUCGGAGGUAUGGUCAACGGCCACGCAGGAACUGGACUCAGUCUGUGGAAGUUUGCCUGCAUCUAAGACAAGUCUCUCCGCUUUGUGUUAUAGAAACAGCAGCAAAUGUUUCUUCUGGAUGGCUAUUGAUGAGCAUGGAAUUCUGUCUUUGGUUGGUGCUGUUUACACCAUUCUCUCGAAAUCAAGUUAUGCAUUCCCCAUACUCGCCUGUCAUUCACAAUACCGUAUGUCGAAGAGGAAAAGAAAAUAAAAAGCGGAAAAGUAACGAUCGGCUACAACAU